CUUAAAUUGCGGUAACGAAAAUAACAUGGACGCUUCAAUUUGAAGAUCUGUUUGAAUUUUUUAUAAGUGAUUAAAAUAUUGCCUGCUAGAAUUCACCUAUAAGGAAAAUAUAAAGAUAAAAAUUACUUUCCCGGUUCACCGCUCGUUUGUUUUGUCCGAAAUACAUUAGUAAGAAAGCUUUAAAUUUUCACUGUUGUUAGCAUCACAGUUAAUUAAAUAAAAUGCCUGAGACUCUGUUAGGAGAUUCUAUUACUUUAGGAUUAGAAGCCCAAGAUCCAUGGCCUCAACAAAUUACCUUAUAUCAGCCUUAUGAUGUUGAACAGAUAUUAUUACCUGACAAUGCAAAUUGUUUAGCUGUUCAGGCUUUUCUUAGAAUGUGCAAUGUUGAGUUUCAAUUAGAAACCAGAAGCAAUGCAGAAUACAUGUCUCCUUCUGGGCGUGUACCAUUCAUAAAAUGUGGAGCAUUCAUAAUAUCUGAAUUUGACAAUAUUGUGUCAUUCAUGGGAAAUAAAGGCAUAAGUUUAUCAGAACAUUUGUCCCCAACAUGUAAAUCAGACAUGAGAGCCUACAUGUCACUAGUAGAUAAUGUAUUCUUUAAUGCUGAAUUGUAUAUUUGUUGGGUUGAUGAAGCAACUCUAAAUGAAGUGACUAAACCAAGGCAUGGUAGCGUCUAUCCUUGGCCCUUGAAUCAUUUUUUAAACUGGCAAAAAAGAAAGGAGGUCAUAAAAAAGCUAAAUGUACUUGGUUGGUAUAAUAAAACUGUGGAAGAAGUAUGUGGUGAAGUCAAAAAUUGUUGUACAAUAUUAUCUGAGAGACUGGAGAAUAACGAAUAUUUCUCUGGGGAAGAGACACCUAAUGAAUUGGACGCCUUAGUGUUUGGACACAUUUUUACAAUACUCACGACACCUCUACCUGGUAAUAAACUGGCGAGUAUUGUCCGAAGCUAUCCGCUGCUAGUACAUCUCUGUGAACGUAUUGAGACUAGCUGUUGAAUAUGCAAAUUAUAUUAAUGUUGAAUAUGAAGUAUAGUUGAAUGUAUUAUUCAUAAUACAUGCACGUGACAUUUUUCAGCAUAUUUUCUCCUCAAACGAUAGGGGUCAAAUAAAGUAACAAAAUGUUGGAGGCGAGAAUUAAGUAACACUACUUUGGAGAUUUCCAAAUGUAUAUUUCCCGAAAACGGCAGGGAUCCGUAACCGAUGAAAGGUAUUCGUAAAUUAGAUAUCUUACAGAAAGAUUUCGAAAAAUAUUAUGUGAUUUUUGUUCAUUUCUUCAAGGAUAGUUACUCUCAGCGUACCUGUUUAUCAGCAUUUAAUUUCUGACUUAACUAAAUCCUUCAGAAGAAUUAUGUACAAUAAUAGCCAUUCUGAUGUUAAGUGGCGUUAACAGCUAUAUGGCGUAAAUCUACAAGUAUUUCUUUUUUUAUCAAUAUUUUGUACAUAGUUAUAAAUCAUUUAUUUAUCUCUUUAAUUUUAUUUUAAUUCAGAUUCUCUACUAACUAUAUAAACGAUUUAAUUUAUAUUUUUCUGUAUAAAAUAUGUAUAUCAUUUCUAAGGUGCAUCAAUUUCUAAUGCACACUAAUGUUACAUAAGUUUUUAUAAUAAUACGAUCAUGUUUUACUAU